UUCAGCGUCAUUUCUACACAAAAAAAAAAAAAAAAAAAGCCAAAAAUAACGCAAAUGGAAGCCACCACUUUAUUCACAUUGUCCCUCCUCCUCGUUUCCUUCACGACAAAAGGAGUGUCUGCCAACCCUAAUGGCAUUCUGCCUCCUGCAGUUGUUGACGUUUCAGGGAAUGAACUCCGAAAGGGCGAAUAUUAUCAUUUGAUUGCUUGGCCUUCAAGGCCGUUGCCACUAGGACUUGUCACCUCCAUUUCACCACUCGUAAACCGUAAUGGAACCUGUUGGGUUCAAUACAAAAUUGAAAGAUUUGUAAUUGGUCCACAACCAACACCAAGUAUUCCAGUAAAAUUUUCGCCCAUCCUACCCGACGAAGACGAAUUUAUCCGAGAGUCCACAUUUCUCAACAUCCAGUUUCCUGAUGCCGCUGUAUCAUACGUAUGUGGCGACUCAUUGUGGAAGGUUAUUAAUCGUCCCGACCAAGUUUUCGGACAACAGUUUAUCGUUGUUGGUGACAACUCAGGCUUCACCAGGCCCGGUUGGUUGAAAAUUGAAAGAUACUCUGAACAUCCUCUGCGUCAGUACAAGCUUCUAUGGUGCCCUGUCUAUGUGUUGGAUCAAUCUGUGCUCUCAUCAGAUGAUUGCCAAACUAUUGGAAUCUUUACUAAUAGCGAUGGAAUUGAGCGUCUGUCUCUGGCUGAUACUUCGGUGCCAUUUGCAUUCAGGGCCUCCGCAGAACCACAGAGUGAUCAGUACUUGAAAAUGAGUACUUCUAAUGCUUAAUUUUCAAAAUGAAACUUUGCUUCUUCCGUGUUGUAAUGCAUCUAAUAUCAUUAGAUUUAGAUGCUAACUAUGUAUGUACCUAAAAUAAUGAAUUACUAAAUAAGGAAGAAGGUGGUCUUUUAUUGUUAAACUAAA